AGAGUUCUCGCGAUAGUUCCAAACACAUGGCUUCUGACUGGUGUGUUUACAACUUCUCCAGGAGCUACAAUGAAAAGCACAGAACUUCCCUGUAAAGAAGACACCCGCUGAUUUUUGGGGGUUAUUUUCUUCGUGCUUGUGUAAAGAUUUGAAGCCGCAGAGAGGGAAAAAAGACACGAAGCUCAGCGUAACCAGGCAGCAGAGCUACAGCAGGUGGGUGAUGUCCUCAAACCCCGAGAGACUCAGCCGUCCACACAGGAGGAAGCACUAUCCCAGUAGCACUUACCUCACUCACGUCUGACAGCCACCUGCUGGACUCUGGGCCAUAAAACGCUGGGAGAAGGACUGAUAAAGCCAUGUCUGAUUCAGCUGGAGGUGGAGAGAGUGAAGGUGUGACAGCUGAAGCAGAUGGGGAGCCUCCUCAACAGGCCCUUCCUCCGCUUUGUCAAUCUGAGCAGCAAGAACAGAAGACCUCAGAGGACGGGCUUCCACCGUCGGCUAAACGAUCCAGAAUCAGUGAGGAGGAAGAACUUCAUGAAGUCCAUGAUGGCACAACAGAGUCUACCUGCGUACAAAUGAGCUCCACCCCAUCUGCACAAAGACCUAAUGAGCAACAACAGCCUGAGAGCAGAGAUCAGACAGAGGAAGAGUUAACGGUCAGUGAAGAUGUAGCAGAAUGUCAUCAGAAUGGAGGUGGAGGACCUGAUCCUGCAGAGGGAGAAGAGACGAAGCAAGAGGUGGAUCAGGAUGAUGAUGGAGCUGCAGAGAGCCCCGCAGCAGGACAACACCUCGACUUGGAUUUCACCCAGAAUCCAUCGAUGCUGACUGGUUCCUGGACCGAGUACUCCAGCUUUCCUGAGAAUUACCUCAAAGGUUGCAAAUGGGCUCCUGAUGGUUCCUGCAUCCUGACCAACAGUGCUGACAACAUCCUCCGUGUGUACAACCUCCCCCCAGAGAUUUACAGCUACAGCUGGGACUCUAUCCCUGAGAUGAGUCCCGUGCUGAGGAUGGCUGAAGGAGACACCGUCUAUGACUAUUGUUGGUUCCCCAAGAUGACCUCAUUAGAGCCAGACACAUGUUUCCUGGCCAGCAGCAGCCGUGACAACCCCGUCCAUGUGUGGGAUGCGUUUUGUGGCAAAGUGCGGGCCAGCUUUCGGCCCUACAACCACCUGGACGAGCUGACGGCGGCCCACUCGCUCUGCUUCUCGCCGGACGGGGAACAGCUGUACUGCGGCUUCGAGAAAAUGGUCCGAGUCUUCUGCACAGAGCGUCCGGGCAGAGACUGCGAGGAACGUCCAACUGUGGUGAAGAAAAGAGGCCAGAAUGGCAUCAUCUCCUGCUUCGCCUUCAGCCCGUGUCAGUCGGUGUAUGCCUGCGGCUCGUACUCCCGCUGCGCCGGACUGUACUCCUGUCAGGACGGCACGCUGCUGGCCCUGCUGCCCACCCGCCACAACGGAGGCCUCACCCAUCUGCUGUUCUCCCCCGACGGCAACUACCUGUUCACCGGCGGUCGAAAGGAUCCAGAAAUCUUGUGCUGGGACCUGAGGGACACUGGGAAAGUUUUAUUUUCCCUCAAGAGGAACGUGACCACGAAUCAGCGCAUCUACUUUGACCUGGACCAAUCAGGCACAUACCUGCUGAGCGGAGAUACGGAGGGAGUGGUGUCCGUGUGGGACACUCACACGGCGCGUCCUGAUGGAACCGAAGAGCUCCUGCAGCCACAGAUCAGGUUCAAGGCCCACUGGGACUGCACCAACGGCAUCAGUCUUCAUCCCUUUAUGCCCAUUCUGGCCACAUCCAGCGGUCAGCGGCAGUUCCCCUGGCCCGCCGACAGCGAGGGCGACUCUGCCUCCGACACUGAAGGAGGCGGAGGCGUAGAGUUGCAGCAGGAGAUCCGGCAGGACAACGCGCUGACGCUGUGGUGGGCCGGACCAGUGAGCCAAGCUGCUGAGGAGAACCAGGACCAGAACACAGCAGCUGCAGAGGCCUCAAGUGUCCCAUUAGUUUAACUAGAGCACACAAACCGUGCCAUGCCUUUGAGUUGUAUCGUUUUUCUUUAAGGAAUGCCUGUCUUUUGCUCGCAUAAAUAUCAUUUAUUCAAUGUUUUAGUUUUGCCGUAGAGCGUAGGAUCAUUUUCCAGCUGAAGGGGUUUAUAUAUAGUAAAUAAAUGGGGUUCCUACACAUUUUUUCUGGAUUGAAAUGAUGCGUGAAUGUGUGAUCAGUAAAUGGAUGGAUACAUGAAUAGUUUUCCAGAUUUUGUUAUUUUUAUUAAUCACUUUUUCAGACCUUAAAUAAACACUUAAAGCAUAUUCCAGACUCCUAAAGGCUGCGUUGGAACCAUGAAUCCAUCACAUCGAGCCUCAUUUGGCUCAAAUACUAAAAUACCUUCAUAUUUUAGGUGCUGCAGUGACUUUAGUUCAUUCCUGAUUAAGUUAAUUUUAAACUAAAAUGGGUUUACAGAUAUUUAGUUGAUAAAUCUAGUAUUGAGUUGCUUGAAUCUUCAGUGAAAGCUUGUGUCUUUGUUCUGUGUGUAUCCUCUGGCUGGAGCUGGAACCGUGGGAGUGUUUGUUUGAGUGUUUGGCUCCAAUGCUGCCCUGGAGAUUGCUCUCUGCCACAGUGACAAUAAGUGCCAUUUGUUUCCCCAGGCUUUGCUUUUAUAAACCCAGAGUCUGCUGUUUUUCUUACCAUAUCCUUUGUAAAGAAGCCCGUGUACUGAGCUGUCACAGCGCAUGCCCACAGAUGUAUAUUUUUGUAACGCCGUGCCGAUCCUCUGAAUGUCCGGUCUGUGAGCAGCCAGCUUAACGUUGUUACGCUCUGUGAAAGUCUUUAAUAAGUGGGUGCAGCUGCUAAAGACUGUGUGUUUUGUUUUUUUUCUACUGUUUGUACUUGUCCAUGUGGUGACAGAAAAACACAGAACUGUUUAAAUAAGUGAUUUUUUUCUCUUUCUUUUGCCAAAAUGGGGGAUUUCACUUUGCUGCAAGGCAUCUGUGCAGGUUUAUCUGUCUAACAUAUGCCUUUUUAUAACAAGACACCUAGAAAUGAAUGUGUUUUUAACGCCGUUGCACUUGUUUAAACUUGUACGUGUUUCCAAGCAUUAUUUCCUCCACUCUGCAGCAAUGGUUUUUCUGUCGCUUCCAUCCAGGCUGGAGUAAAUUAAACUCAUAUCUCCUCACACCUGA